AUGGCUGCUUUCAAGACCUGGAAGACGUACGGUUCCGGUGCUCGAGUGGAUUCUCUUAUCUCCCAAGCAAGAAGAGACGAGAUACAACGCCACAAUGAGGAGGUAAGGCAAAACAGAGAAAUUUUAAAAACCAUAACCGAGGCUGUUUUGUAUUUAUCCAAACAGGAGUUGGCGUUUAGAGGCCAUGAUGAAUCUGAAGAUAGCUUGAACCGCGGUAAUUACAGGGAGUUACUCGAGUCCUAUGCUAAGUUAGAUUCUGUAUUUGAACGACGAUUGCAUGGCAGACUAGCUGAAUCUGGUCAGGGUGGAGAUUCACGUUUCACUGGGGUCUCUCCUGAAAUACAAAAUGAUUUAAUCUGUUGCCUUGAUUCCAUUAUUGAAGAUACUAUUUUUAAGGAGAUUAACGAGUGUACCUUCAUCAGUGUGCAGGUUGAUGAAACUUCUGAUGUCUCAACUAAGGAACAGGUAAGCAUGAUAGUCCGUAUGGAUAAAGGUUGUGAGAUAGUAGAAAGACAAUUGGGAUUUGGAGAUGUCAGCACAAAGAGAGAUGCUGCUGCCAUAUCCCAGUUUGUGAAGGAUAAGCUUAGUCCCCAUUCCAACAUCAAGGAUAAAUUAGUGAUGCAAACCUAUGAUGGUGCUGCUGUUAUGUCUGGUCAUGUUAGUGGUGUCCAGGUUCGAGUGCGUCAAGAAUAUCCUUUUGCAUACUUUGUUCAUUGUGCAGCUCACAGAUUAAAUCUAGUUUUGUGUCAGUCUGCCUCAUCUAUAGCCCCUGUUAAAGUUUUCUUUGUUGAUAUAGAGCAUUUUGUACUUUUACUAGUAAUGCCCCUCAAAGAAAAGCCUUUCUUAAUUCUCAUCAAAUAG